AUGCCCAUGGAAAACGUCGAUGCUGUGCGCAAACUCAUCAUUGAAGAUAAACAUGUGACAUAUCGCGAGGUUGUGGCGUCCUUGAAGAUCUCAAAGACCUCAAUUCAAAAACUGUUGACUGAAGAGCAGAAAGCAGCCAGGGUUAAUUGGUGUCAAAAAACGCUUGAACGUUUCAAUUCCGGAAACUCAAAAAAUGUGUACAGCAUUGUUAGUGGUGAUGAAUCGUGGAUUUACUGUUACGAAUCAGAAAAUAAACGACAGUCGGCUGUUUGGGUGUUCCAAGGUGAAGAAAAGCCAACAAAAGUCAUCCGUUCUCGAAGUGUUUCGGAAAAGAUGGUCGCGACAUUUGGUCAUAUUGCAACAAUUCCUCUUAAUGGGCAAAGAACUGUUACUGCGGAUUGGUAUACCACCAUUUGUUUGCCAAAAGCCAUCACCGAGCUUCGAAAAAUCAACCCCGAAAGAAGAAUCAUCCUACACCAAGACAAUGCAAGCUCGCACACAGCCCAAAAAACAAGGCAGUAUUUAACGGAAGAAAACGUGGAAUUAUUGGACCAUCCUCCAUAUAGUCCCGAUCUAAGUCCUAACGAUUUCUUUACUUUCCCGAAAAUUAAAAACAGUCUGCGUGAAGAAGCAGUUGACGCAUUCAAAUAUGCCGUUUUUUAUCUGCCAGCAAACGAGUUUAAUAAGUGCUUCGAAAAUUGGUUCAAGCGCAUGCAGAUAUGUAUUAAUAUUCGUGGAGAAUACUUCGGAAAACAAUAA